UGCACCGGAGUGCCUGGACUGAUGUCAGAUCGAAAUUAUUAGUUUUUAAAAGCUGGUACAGUACUUUGACCAUAAGUCUGCCCGGCAGACGUGCCAUGAGCAGUAAAAUAGAAGCUGCCUUGGUUGAUUUAAGCGGCACAUUGCACGUGGAAGAUGCCGUAGUCCCGGGAUCUGUGAAGGCUCUUCAACGAUUAAGAAAGUCAGAGAUCAAGAUCAAGUUUGUAACCAAUACAACAAAAGAGUGUAAGCAACAUUUGGUGGAGAGACUACACGGACUGGGCUUUGAUAUUAAACCUGAAGAGAUUUUCACUUCACUAACAGCUGCCAGGUGCCUUGUAGAGCAUAGGAAACUCCAACCUAUGCUGCUGCUAGAGGACACGGCCAAAGAAGAUUUUGUUGGUGUGGCUCAGGACACCCCCAAUGCUGUUGUCGUUGGAUUAGCACCCAGUCAGUUCAACUACUCGCAGAUGAACAAGGCUUUUCGGCUACUUCUAACAGGAGCACCUCUCAUUGGCAUUCAUAAGGCAAGAUACUACAGGAGAUCUGAUGGACUAGCCCUUGGGCCAGGACCAUUUGUGGCAGGACUUGAGUAUGCUGCUGGUGUCACUGCAGAAGUUGUGGGGAAACCAGAGGCCUCAUUUUUUACCUCAGCUUUGGAUGAAUUAGGAGUUUCCAUUGACAAGGCUGUCAUGAUUGGGGAUGAUGCUCGUGACGAUAUUGAAGGCGCCCAGAAAAUUGGCAUCAGAGGAAUCCUUGUUCAGACAGGUAAAUACAGGGAAGGUGACGAGUCAAAGAUCAAAGACAAACCUUACUGCACCUGUGCUAAUUUCUCGAAAGCUGUGGAUUUCAUUCUUGAAUGCGUUUGACAAAUCUAAUGGACUUAACAGCCAGAAGUUUUCUGCCAGAGAAUGGAUAUUGCCCGAUGUGACUUUCAUCGCUGCCAAUAACCUCACACUGUCCAUUCCUCUUAACUCAUUUUUGGAGUGGCUGAACCAAGGAUUGAUUAUUUGUGUAUUGCCAUUCAAGAUGGGAAUGGUCACCAAAACUACCCCUUAUUUCAGGAUAUUUCGCUUUUAAAACAUAGCUUUAUGAGAAAAAAGUGCCAGAGAAAACAUGAUAUCCACUUCAUUCUCACUGACUGAGGAACAGAACUGGAUUUACAUAGCUUACAUGAGUUGAGUUUAUUGUGAUCUGUAUUUACAGUGUUAUAGACAGAGGUUUUGCAUACUGAGACCCAGCUUCUGUCUCACUGUGUACUACACAGGUCAGGCUUUGUCUAUUUACAGUAUGAUUUAACUGCAGAUGUCCUGCAGUGGUCUAACCUCAUAUUUACAACAUUAAAUAAGUUUUACCUACAUUCAUUGCUGUCACCCUAUUCAUUAUUAAGCCCACAAGAGCUGUGGUUCCCCAAGAAACGUUUCAUGUUUUGGCCACAUACAAAACUCGUGACCUUGACACAGUAAAUGAUACUGAUUUUUACAUCUUCAACACAGUUACUGUGUCCACAGUAUCUGGACAAGGCUAUGUGUGAUGGAAGCUAAUCAACACAGCACUGACACCUUGUGGCACGUUCAAAGGCCAUAAGGGUGUCCUCAGUAUCUGGGUAACUAACUGUGUGUGAUCAACUCAGCACCUUCACACACCAUCCAAGGUGUCUGGGAAAAGCCUAGGUGUGAUGAGUGCUAAUCAACUCAGCACUGACACCUUGUGGCACAUUUACACACCAUCAGGGUGACCACAGUAUCUGGGUAACUAACUGUGUGUGAUCAACUCUGCACCUUCACACACCAUCCAAGGUGUCUGGGAAAAGUCUAGGUGUGCUGGGUGCUGAUCAACUCAGCACUGACACCUCGUGGCACAUUCACAUGCUAUCAAGGUGUCCAUAGCAUCUGGGUAACUAACUGUGUGAUCAACUCUGCACCUUCACACACCAUCCAAGGUGUCUGGGAAAAGCCUAGGUGUGCUGGGUGCUGAUCAACACAGCACUGACACCUCGUGGCACAUUCACAUGCUAUCAAGGUGUCCAUAGCAUCUGGGUAAUUAACUGUGUUAUCAACUCUGCACCUUCACACACCAUCCAAGGUGUCUGGGAAAAGCCUAGGUGUGAUGGGUGCUGAUCAACUCAGCACUGACACCUUGUGGCACAUUUACACACAUCAGGGUGACCACAGUAUCUGGGUAACUAACUCUGUGUGAUCAAAUCUGCACCUUCACACACCAUCCAAGGUGUCUGGGAAAAGCCUAGGUGUGAUGGGUGCUGAUCAACUCAGCACUGACACCUUGUGGCACAUUUACACACAUCAGGGUGACCACAGUAUCUGGGUAACUAACUGUGUGUGAUCAAAUCUGCACCUUCACACACCAUCCAAGGUGUCUGGGAAAAGUCUAGGUGUGCUGGGUGCUGAUCAACUCAGCACUGUGGCUCAUUUACACCAUCAGGGUCUCCAACGUGUCUGAGAAAGUCACAGUAUGAUAGGUGCUGAUCCAUGAGCACUGAUACCUUGUGGCACUUUCCCACACUAUCAGGAUGUCUUAGGUGUCUGGGAAAGUCUAGGUGUAAUAGGUGAUCAACACAGUAUAGACACCUUCUGGCACAUUCAAUGAUGCUACCAAUGGCAGAUGUUGGUUGCACUAACCGAAUUAUAUAGACAUUUAUUUUGAUACCAACAAACCAUAGGAUCCAUUGUGCUGAUCAAUCAACAACUGAUGUAUCCCAUACCCAUGUACCUGGCUCCGUGAAUGGGCCCCUUCUUAACUAAUUCAACUUACGUUAACAGUUUUACUUUGAUGCCCUGUAGACUUUUGGAGAUCUGAGGUAUACACAUAUUGGUGGCAAUGAAAAUAUAAAAUCGCCACAUAAAUAAUAAAUAAAAUUGAAUCUCUCACUAGUACAAAGUCAAUUUAAGUCAGAACUGUAAUCUGAGAUGGAAGAGCGAAAUGCCACAAUGCAAGGCAAUAUGGCAACUGAGGCUUUGAAUUUUGCUAGGCAGUACCUUCUGACUGCUGUCCAAUCAAAUGUUGGUUACAUAUGCUAUGUCUUUAUCCCACUAAAAGAUUUUGGAAAUGUUAUCAAAUGGUGUGAACUUAUACAGCAUUCCUUCCUCCAUACCAAAUCACAUAUCUGCCAUGAUCUGUAUAUAGCUACUGGGGGUGAGGGAGGAGUAUACAUCACAUAAGUACAGACAUCAGAAAACAGGGAGCUUUUAAAAACAUAAACAAUACAAAAUAAAUGGUACUAUAAACGCCCAUACAUGGUAUAUAGGGUUACAUGGAUUUACUGACCCAGACCA